AUGUCUCAGUUCCAGCUUACUUUGGCCACGAAGGCCAACCAGGCUGCUUUGCUCCCUGUCCUUCUCGUCGCGACUUCUGUGAACGAAGCCCGUCCCUCUCCAAUUAUCGCUAUCAACUAUGAGGACGUCGCGGUUCUGCCGCGGGGCGACAAGGCCGUUGUCGAGUUUGUCGGGGCUAGUGGUACUCCUGCGUAUGGAUCAAGUGCUCUGGAGGAACUGCGAGCCACGUUCCCAUAUUUGAACAGCAAAGAGGAGAAAUUGGAAAAUGACUGGGUCUCCGAGCUCGAUGCUCUCACCUCGCUCGACUUCAAAGCGGUCGACCCGAAACUCCAGAAGCUCAACAACCAUCUUAUCCUGCGGUCCUUUGUCGUCGGAUACGCUCUCUCCACCGCGGACAUUGCCCUCUGGGGUGCCCUCCGCGGAAACCGUGUUUCAAUUGGCGCCAUUAGAAAGGGGACUUUGGUUAACUUGACUCGCUGGUUCAGCUUCUUGGAAGAGCUUUGCCCAUGGGCGGUUGCUGCUCUGGAGGCUCUGAAUGCUUCAGCCAAGGAGAAGAAGCUUGCUAAGGCCAAGGAGGGUGCGAGCUACGACAUUGCCCUUCUUAACACGGACAAGGGAGUGGUCACUCGAUUCCCUCCCGAGCCUUCUGGUUACCUCCACAUUGGACAUGCCAAAGCUGCCCUUCUGAACGACUACUUCGCUCACGAGAAGUACAAGGGUACGCUUCUGGUCCGCUUCGAUGACACUAACCCGUCGAACGAGAAGCAGGAGUUCCAGGAUGCCAUCCUCGAGGAUCUCGCUCUUAUGGGUAUCAAGCCCGAUAAGACCAGCUACAGCAGUGAUUACUUUGACGAACUCCACCAGUAUGCCGUCCAGAUUAUCAAGGACGGAAACGCGUAUGCGGACGACACCGAUAAGGAGACCAUGGCUUCUCAAAGAAUGAAUGGUGAACCCAGCAAGCGCCGUGAUGCUACCGUUGAGGAGAAUCUGGCCCAAUUUGAAGAGAUGAACAAGGGUACUGAGGAGGGAGCUCGCUGGUGCAUCCGGGCUAAGAUGUCCGUUGAUAACCCCAACAAGGCCAUGCGUGACCCCGUUAUCUACCGCUGCAACCCCUCCCCUCACCACCGCACAGGAACGAAAUACAAGGCCUACCCUACCUACGACUUCUGCUGUCCAAUUAUCGACUCUAUGGAAGGCGUUACCCACGCCCUUAGAACCAUUGAAUACCGUGACCGCAACCCUCAGUAUCAGUGGUUCCUGGACACACUGAAGCUGCGUGACGUUCAGAUUUGGGACUUUGCCCGGAUGAACUUCAUCCGCACACUGCUCUCCAAGAGAAAGCUCACCAAGCUGGUCAACGAGGGAGUAGUCGAUGGCUGGUCAGACCCCCGUUUCCCCACCAUCCGUGGUAUCAGGCGGCGAGGUAUGACCAUCCCCGCCCUGCGGGAGUUCAUCCUCAAACAGGGACCCAGCAGGAAUAUUGUCAAUCUUGAUUGGACCCUCUUCUGGGCGACCAACAAGAAGUACAUUGACCCUGUUGCUCCACGUCACACUGCCGUACUCAAGAAGGACGCCGUAAAGGCAGUUCUCAAAGGCGGACCCGCUGCUCCAUACACGCAAGACAAGCCCAAGCACAACAAGAACCCGGAUGUUGGCAUCAAAAAGGUAACCUUCAGCAGCUCGCUUCUCUUCGACCAGGAGGACGCGAAGAGCUUCAAGCAGGAUGAGGAAAUCACGCUUAUGAACUGGGGCAACGCCUUCGUCCGGAAGAUCGUGACUGAUUCCUCUGGCGUGGUUACCGAGCUCGAGCUGGACCUGAACGAGAAGGGAGACUUCAAGAAGACCGAAAAGAAGGUCACUUGGUUGUCUGCGGACCAGGACUUGGUUCCUGUUGAGUUGGUUGACUUUGACCACCUCCUUAACAAGGACCUUAUGCAGGAGGAGGACCGUCUUGAAGAUGUCUUGAACUCCAAGACCGAGUUUCGCGAGGAUGCCAUUGCAGACAGCAACGUCGCUUACCUCAAGGAGGGCGAUAUCAUCCAAUUCGAGCGCAAGGGGUACUACCGUCUCGACAAGGCCUCCGCGCCUGGCAAGCCUGCUGUCCUAUUCAACAUCCCCUCGGGAAAGACCGGUAAAUAG